GAGAGAGAGAGGGUGGCUCCGUGUGUGUGUGUCUCAGAACUACAGAAGUCUCAGUGCUUCACUGCUGCUCUGAUUUUUAUGCUAGAGAAGUGAUAAAAAUAAAUAAAAUUGAAAUAAAAAAUAAAGCUGAAAUGAGAAAUAUAUAGGGGGAGUUGUGCUCGUGCUUUGUCCACUUCAGUACGUGUCUCUACUUGCAUUUGUGUUUCUGUCCGGCCCUUCUAUGUAGUUUUAAGAAGGGGAAACCCAGGUGGUUUUUUCAUGUUUCUCCUAUUUUGCUUGAUUUUAUAGCUUAUAUCGAUGAUCCAUUUGAUGCAUUAGUUCUUGGGUAUUUUUGAAGUUUCUAUCCUUGGCCUCUAUUUGAUGCCACAGUUCUUCUACUUCUUUUUUUUUGUCAGAUUAUUUUACUUGGUUUUUGGUGUUUUUGAGGUUCUGUUUUAUGCAAGCUGUGGAUCUCUGUGUGACAUUGAUCUGAUGUUAAUUUUAAGCACCCUCUGAGGAAUUUGAGGGGUAAAGUAAUUAAUUUUCCAUUUUUGGUAUUUUUAUCUUUUCCAUCCUUUCACUUUUUGUGCAUGCUUGAUUUUGAUUUAUUUCCUGUGAAAAUCUAAAUCUUUGUGUUUUAUAGCACUGGUGAUGCAUAUGAUCAGGGUAGUCAUUCAGUGAUACAUUUUAUAGAAAAGUUCUCUGAUAUAGGUUCUUUCAGUAAGAAUGUAAUGCAUUUCUUCUGUUGUUUCUAUGCCUCUCUCUCUCUCUCUCUGGGGAAAAGGGAGUGAGAGUUGGGGACUUGGGGGAUUCUUGAUCUACUGUUUUCUGGACCAUUCCCCGUCUUGAUGACUUAUAGGCCUAGAUUUAUUUAUUUCCAUAUAUAUGCUUGCAUUAGUCCUUCUUUGUGUAUGAAAAUAUUAUAAACUAAUGUUUCUCAAGCCUUUGCCUUACAUGUUGAAUUGUUGCAUGCUCGUGACUUACAAGUUUGCUGAUUGCUAUUACUUGUUUUAAUAGUUUUAUUGUUGAUUUGUGUUUAAGAGAUCUUUAUGCCUCUUUUAUGUCUCUCUUUAAUGGUCUGCAGUCAUAGGAUUCCUAGUCCUGAAUUUAUUCACUGGUUUCUGGGUUUUUAAGAUCUUUUGCUUUUAUUGAUUAUAGAUUAUAUCGUGACGUUUAUGGGUCUAUAAGCGAAGUUCUAUUGUUAGUGACUUGUUUUGAAUGUGGUUCUCAGAUUUCAUUUAAAGCUCAUAAAUGUUUCAAAAUCUUUUUGGAGCUUUAAUGUAACCAAAGAUUUGCCAUCAUGGGCAACAAUUAUGUGAUAUGUUGUUCAUUGUUACACAUCUCUUUUAAAUGCUUCAUUUCUCAGGCUAAUUCUUGACAGUUUUGUCACAAUUUCUAUUGAUUUUGAUGCUCUCUGCUUUUCUUUGAUCUAUUAACUUCGACUAUUACAGCAGGAAAUUGCCAGUAUUUUGCUUCAAGCAUUGAGAGGCUCUUAAUUAUGCUUAGAAGGAGAAGCAGAUCAUGUUAGGAACUAGGAACUAGGAAGGAGCAUGCAUGUUCAAACUAAUGGCUGAUUCUGCUUCAGAAUCCCAUUGCCAAUUUGAUGCUUCUAGCCUGAGACACAUAAGCAGCUCAUUUUUCAAUUUUCCUGGUUUCUUUGUGGGGUUCGGUUCUAGAGGUUCAUCAGAUUCUGACUCAAUUAGGAGCCCUAAAUCUCCUCUUGACUUCAGUUUUUUCUCCAAUCUUAGCAACCCAUUUAGCCACAAGUCUCCAAGAUUUCCAACCCAGGAUGGCCAUCAAAAGAAAUGGGAUUGCAGUAAAGUAGGUCUCAGCAUCAUAAAUUUACUUGUUGAUGAAACCAAAUCAACUGGUGAAGUUCUUAGUUCACCAAAGAGGAAGAAUAUAAUAUUUGGAUCACAGGUGAAGACUGGCUACUCUGUAUCUUUGCCAAGAGACUACAUGCUUUUGCUACCAUCACAAACCAAAACUCAUAACCCCAAAUUAGGUAAAUCUGAUUCUGAUUCUCUCUUUGGGAAUGAUAGAGUCCAGAUGGAACCUAAACCCUUUGAAAUUUCUUCUCCAAUUAGCUUAUCCCCCAAUUCCCCUUUGAGUUCUAAAAAGUUUUGUUCAGAGAAUAGAACUAAUACUGUAACAAGUUUAUCACUGUUUAGUGGUGAAGGUGCACGAACUGAUAAUUCUUUGGAAAGCAAAUCAAGUUCGCUUCCAGUACCCAUUGGUUCUAGCCAUGGGUAUGUAGGUUCUAUCUCUGCACGUGAGAUUGAGCUUUCUGAGGAUUAUACUUGUAUAAUUUCCUAUGGUCCAAACCCUAAAACAACUCACAUUUUUGGUGACUGUAUUUUGGAAUGUCACACAAAUGAGUUGUUCAAUUUUGACAAGACACAAAAUCUGGGGUCUGAAUUGCCUCAAGAGGCUAAUUGCCUGGAGGGUCCAACUCCUUAUCCAUCUGAUAAGUUUUUGAGUUUCUGUUAUUCUUGCAAAAAAGUGUUGGAGAAAGGAGAUGACAUUUAUAUCUACAGAGGUGAGAAAGCAUUUUGCAGUUUUGAUUGCCGUUGUGAAGAAAUUUUUGUCGAGGAUGAAACAGAGAAAACUUGUAAUGCUUCCCCCAAAAGCUCUCCUGCGUCCAGCUAUGAUGAAGAUCUUUUCCUAACAAAUGUGCCCAUUGUUAUAUAAUGGGCUGAUGUUGCUCCCCCUUCAGACUCUCAUGUCUGGUGAUGAACAACUGGAUCAUCUGUUUCCAAAGGGCUGUUUAUGUGUAUCUGCUUGCUAUCAUGGAUGAUUACAAGGUUGAAUAAUACUAUUUUCUGAUUGUGUCUCAGCUUUCAAGGCAUCGAUGAUUCCUGAGCAGCAACAAGCAUAGAGUUUCUGUUUUUGUAGUUGAGGCAUAAACAUUAUCUUAGAUUGUUGUGAUUCUAUGUUUUCUAUUAGAUGGGUUAGAAGUGGCCAAGAGCCCUCACUCAUCAGUUUUCUUUACAUUUUUCAUUGUCCUGCCUUUAUCAAGAGUUCAUGUAGUUGCCUUUUGAACCAAUUGAACUCAUUAUUAAAGCUUCUCAUCAUUAUAUACCA